AUGAGCGUCCUCCUCGAAACCUCAGCUGGCGACAUCGUCAUCGAUCUUUUAGUCGAUUAUGCGCCGAAGUUAUGCGAAAACUUCCUGAAGCUGUGCAAAAUCAAAUACUACAACUUCUCCCCGGUAUAUAAUGUGCAAAAGAACUUCUCCUUCCAAACAGGCGAUCCCACUGGGCCGGACUCGAAAGAUAGCGAUGGGGGAAGUUCGAUAUGGGGCGUCAUCAAUGGGCCUCCGGGUGGACUAUUUACCGCCAAACUACAUCCUAAGUUGAAGCAUGCCGAGAGGGGGACAGUCAGUAUGGCUACAGCGCCGUCCGCUCGGGAUCCAGAUGAGCGUGUUGCCGGCAGCCAAUUUAUCAUUACGUUGGGCGAUGAUUUGGAUUACUUGGAUGGUAAGGCGGCCAUUUUUGGUAAGGUGGUGGAGGGUUUCGAUGCACUUGAGAAGAUCAAUGAAGCGUUCUGCGAUGACAAGGGCCGUCCCAUGGUCGACAUACGGAUUAAGCACACGGUUAUACUGGAUGAUCCCUACGAUGAUCCUCCUGGCUUGGUGGAGCCACCAGAAAGCCCCCUGCCAACGAAAGCACAGCUAGCUACGGUGCGAAUUGCGGAGGAUGAGAAUAUGGAUGACGAGGGGGACGUGGAAGCGGUUGAGAAGCAGCGGCGAGAGCGUGAGGCUAGAGCACAAGCCUUAACGUUGGAAAUGGUUGGGGACCUCCCAUUUGCAGAAGUCAAGCCGCCUGAGAAUGUUCUGUUCGUAUGCAAGCUUAACCCCGUCACAACUGAUGAGGAUCUCGAGUUAAUUUUUAGUCGUUUUGGCAAAAUCCUAUCCUGCGAGGUCAUUCGGGACAAACGUACUGGUGAUAGCUUGCAGUAUGCGUUCAUUGAAUACGAAGAACAGGCAUCCUGCGAGCAAGCUUAUUUCAAAAUGCAGGGUGUCCUAAUAGAUGAUCACCGGAUACAUGUGGAUUUCUCUCAAUCGGUUUCCAAGCUAUCAGAUACGUGGCGUACCUCCACGAACUCCAAGCGGAGGCAAGGAGGAGGCGGAUUUGGUGGGGUUAGCGGGUUGGAGAAGAAGAGGCAGUACAAAGCGGCUGAUUAUAGCAGCGGAAGCCGGAAGGGCAGAUAUGGAAUGGUAUAUGAUGAGGAGGAGUUGCGGAAGAGGCAUAAUAAAGAGGGCAAGUAUGAUUCAGAGAGGGAGAAAAGCAGAAGUCGCAGUCCCGCAAGUCACAGCACCCAAAGGGAUAGAAGACGCUAUGAGUCGAGAGAUGAUCGGGGGGGAAGAGAUAACAGACGGGAUAGAGAUCUCUAUGACGAUCCUGGGAGAGAUCGAAGGCGGGGUCGAGGUGAUGAUGGUUACAAAUGCCGUUGA